GCCUUCUUUUACGUGUUUUCCUUGUCAUCCCAUACUGCGUUGUAUGUGUUUGUUGCUUAACUCACAGAAUGAAUGAUUUCAGUGUAUAUAUUUUGAUUUUCGUAUCCGUUAUGAAAUCGGUUGACCUUUGUCGAUAUGGAAAAGUAAAAUACAGUCCAGGAGAGACGUUUAUGGAUGAGGAUGGUCGAUAUUGUACAUGUGUAUCAUCACGGAAGCUCAGCUGCACCAAGGAUUUCUGUUAUAUCAACAAGACGCCUUAUAAAGUCGGAGACGAAUUCCCUAAAGGUGACGGCUGCAACACCUGUCGAUGUGUCUCUGCAAGUUCAGUUUCCUGCUCAGAAAACACGUGCAAUCAAGUACAAUGUACAUACCUUGGAAGAGUUCACGAAGUAGGAGCAAGUUUCCCCAAGGGAGACACCUGCAAUGUUUGUACCUGUGGUGAUUCUGGACGUGUCACGUGUACAGAUAGGCCAUGUUUCGAGUUCCCAAAGUGCCGACACAAGGGGAAGUGGUAUAACGCUGGAAGUCGGUAUCCCGCGGAAGAUGGAUGCAAUGAGUGUAUCUGUACAACACACGGAGUCCCGCAGUGUACAAUGUACAAGUGUUAUCCUGAUUGUACCCACAAUGGCCGGACCUAUAAGAAAGGUGACACGUUUCCAAAGGGAGAUAAAUGUAACAACUACUGUACCUGUUCAGUGAUCGGAGAAGUGGAGUGCUCCCAGGACCUGUCUUGUUUUCCAGACUGCGUUUACAAAGGUCGAAUCUACAAAGCUGGGGAAAAAAUUAGAUCCGCCGAUGGCUGCCAUUUGUGCCGAUGUGGGACUAACGGAAGACAUGAGUGCACGGAGAGACUUUGUUAGUUUCCGGUUGUGAUAAGAUGCAUCUUUCUCUACCCAGAGUUCCGUGCGCUCCCAAGUGAAGGUUGCAUAACGCGCCCUCUGGUGAGAGAAUGGAGAUGUAUUUCCACGACAGACAUUUAUGAAUCAAUAUGAACAGGACUAAAAAGUCACUCAUAUAUUGUUAAUGUAUUGCGACAAAUUGGAUGCUUCUAUAUAUUCAUGUCACUAUGUAACAAAUGCAUAUAAUAUAUUUUGUAAAUAUCAAUUUGAAAACAAACGGCU